AUGGGAGAGGAGGUCUGGAGGGAGGUGAGGAGACGAGGGGAAGUGAGGAACGGAGCCGAUGGGAUGGUGAAGAAGCAGCUGAACCAAAAGACUCAAAGGUUUUCGAAACUUUGGAAAGCAAGAGACGAGAAUGAAGCACAAAAAGUUACAUUCUUUUUCAACAACAUUCCAGAAGAAUGUAGCUUUGAUUUUUUGAGGAGAAAGUUCGGUUCCGUGCGAGAACCGACAGACAUCUUUUGUCCAAGAAAGAGAGACAAAAAAGGGAAGCCUUUCGGUUUUGUUCGCUUCGAAGACGUUGAAGAUAGGGACGGUUUGCUGGAACAACUUAAUAAGUUGUGGAUUGGGAGCUAUAAAAUUAGGGUGUUCAAACCGAGAUUCGAGAGAGAAGUGAAGAUCCAAGGAAGUAAAGGGAAGGGAUUCAAAGCUGACGCAGGUAGAAAGACGGAAAAAACAAAGGUCGUGCAUGCCGCAAAAAGGAUGAUGGGGGUUUCUUUUAAGGAGGUGCUCACUGGAUCCAAAGAAGGGGAGUCAGGACCUUCGGAUUUGCUUCAGUUCAAAACUUCGGAUGAGGAAACACGAUGGCUAGAUGGAGCCUUCACGGGUUUCAUCAAAGAUGAGUUCUUGUGGGAAGAGAUUAAUGAAGAAAUCAAUAGCGAAAUUGCUGGGAAACUGAAGGUGACGACGAUGGGAGGAAAUUUGGUGUUGAUACGUAGUGUCUGUGACGCGCCAACAGAAAAAGUUUUAACGGAGAUGGAUGAAUGGAGUGAGUUCUGGUUUCAAUGGAAGAGGAAAUGGAACGUUGUGGAUGUGUUUCAACAACGAGUGGUGUGGACGAGGUGGGUCGGGAUUCCACUACAUGCAUGGAAUCAUCGUUUCUUUGAGUUGGCAACUGCAAAGUUCGGUCGGGUAUUGAAGAUACAUGAGAAGACGAAAGAAAAAGAAAAACUGGAUGUUGCUUUGAUUCAAAUCUCCACGGGCCUUAGAUCCAUUGAUCAAGUGACGGAGUGUUGUAUUAAUGGAGCAAGGUUCACGUUUCGCAUUGAGGAAAUUCACGAGAAUCCUUUCUCUUCCAUGCUCGGAGAGACGGAGUUCGAGGAUUCGGGAUCGGAUGCAGGAUGGACGAGCGGGGAGGAGUCCAUGGAUCCGGCAGCUGCAACCAUCGGAGAUCAGAACGAGAGCGGUGAAAGGGAUGAUGAUGUUUCGGUUCUCCAAGAAAUCAACGUUUCGUCUCAUUCGAUCCAUGCAGACAAGUUUGUCGAGGAAACCAAUUAUGAGGGGACGUUGUUAGGAGGAUCGAAAAUGCUUUUAAAUUUGGUUGGGGCCGAAGGUGAGAGUCAGUCACUCGUUAAGGAUGGGCAGAUGGACUGCCACGCUUUUCAAAGUCCAAACUAG